UGUAAACAUUAAUACGGAACUUUAGGUUGUCCACUUUGAGAUACAAAAAUGUAGUUUAUUUAUAUUUUGGAGAUAUUUUUAGCCACGAAAAUAUCACCUUAUCAUUUGGAAACGUGCACGCUUUGGUGGCGAAAUUUGAGCAAUGGAGGAAAUAUGCCGAGUUUGCCUGGGGAACUACGAUGAUAUGGUCAACAUAUUUAAAGGAACCGAUGAAUCGGGACCUUCAAUUCCGGAUAUGAUUGCCCAGUGGUCUGGCUACCAAGUGGAGAAAGGCGACUCGCUUCCCGAAAAUAUAUGCCUAAGUUGCUUGGAAGAUGCCCAAAAUGCAUUCGAGAUCAAACAGGCAUCCGACAUGGGACACCAAGUCUUAUGCCGAGUGGAGGGCACCGGGGAAGGGGACGAAUCCUACACAAUAUCAGACUCUGACUGUGAGGAACCAAGCGAAAAGCUAGCCUUUCAAGUUAAGGACACGUCAGUUACCAAAGAACAGGAAUCAAGCGAAGAAAAGAAGGCCCAGCUUUACUUCUUCACGGAUGAGAUAUCAAUUAGUGACUCUAAUCAAUCCGAUUUUCGGAUUUCAGUGGAUAGAAACAGUCGAUCAGUUGGUGAACUCGAUCAAACAAAUACCUAUAUCCAAGAUGAAGAUGAAGUAUGUGAAAUAUCAAGCGAUGAAGACCAAUCCGAUUGCCUUAUUCAAGAUGAUGUAUUAAGUGACGUAUCAGUCGGUAAAAAUGAUAAAUUCGAGAGUCAACUGGUAGAUAAUAAUAGUAAAACAGCGAGUGAUAACACGGAUUCAAGUAGUGAUCAAACUUUCCAGUGUCCUUGGUGUCCGAAGAUUUACCAACGAAAAUGGAAUUUGAAAUUGCAUCUCUGUAUUCACACUGGUGAGCGACCUUACAAGUGUUCCCAGUGUCCUAGAUCUUUUAUGCGAAAAUCUGGUCUUAAGUUUCACUUGACGGAGCAUACCGGGGAGCUACCGUACAAAUGUGACCAAUGUCCUAUGGCUUAUCGAACCAAAACGAGUUGUCUUCGGCACAUUCAACAACACCUUGAAACUUCUAUGAAGUCUGUCCCAGAGAAACAAUCGUAUAACUGCUCCUACUGCCCAAAGACAUUUUCAAGACCAUCAGCUCUAGAGCACCACUUCAUGACCCACACGGAGGAACGUACGAUAAAGUGUCCCCAAUGCCCGGUGUUAUGUCUAGAUCAGUCACAACUCAACCUACAUGUCCAGACCCACAAUGAAGACCAAUCUCAUAUAUGUAAUCAGUCCUCAAUGACUUUUGAGGAUCAAAGUUCCCUUAAUUUGCACAUUAUGAAUCACACGGGAGAUCCGUCGCAUAAGUGUCCUAUCUGCCCAAUGACGUUUCAACUGGAAUGGCGAAAGAACCAACACAUCAAGACUCACAAUGAAGAAAAGCCUUUUAAGUGCACUCACUGCUACAGAAGCUAUACGCAACUGGAGGAUCUUAACCGACAUAUCCAGGUUCACACGGGAGAUAAGCAGUUUAAGUGUGAUCAAUGCCCGAAAGCCUUUGCACAUAUAUCUCUUCUCAACAAGCACAUGCGUGCUCACUCGUCUGACUGGCCAGUUAAAUGUGAUUUUUGCUCAACGUCCUUUGAGCGAAUGGGCGACCUUAACAAACAUCUAAAGACGCACAGCGAGCACAGACCAUUUAAAUGUGACUUUUGUCCAAAGACUUUUAAGUACUCAACUUCCAUUGUUAUGCAUACCCGUACCCACACGGGGGAGCGGCCCUAUAAGUGCUCCCAAUGCCAAAAGUGUUAUAAACAACCGAGCGAACUUAAGCGACACACUCGAACUCACACGGGAGAAAGGCCGUUCAAAUGCAAUUAUUGCCCCAGGGCUUUUAUGGAUCUGACAACUGUUAAGGGGCACAUGCGGACUCAUACGGGGGAGCGACCCUUUAAAUGCACCUAUUGCGACAAGUCUUUUUCGCGAACAUCUAUUCUUAAUGUUCACAUCCUUACUCAUAUGAAGGAGUUAAAAGCUGGAGCUUCAUAGAGACUCUGUAGUUAAGUAUUAAUUAGGAAGGAGAGUUGCAAUAUGCACGCUUAAGAAGUCUUGAAUAGCAACUGAAUGUUACAUUUUUGAAAAGCCCAAAUAUACAAUCUUUUAUGUAAAA